AUGCUUCGUAAGAAAGAGGCCUUCACCCUCGUCACGCCCAUCCCGGGCUUCAUCCCUCGACAGCUCGCCAUCGACAUCCUCCACUCCCACAGCGAAGUCAUCACCCUCAACCCGCUCGUCCUCGGCCACAAGCCAAUCUCCGCGCCUCGCAAUGCCGCCGCCGACGAGUUCUACAGCACCUGGUACGAGAUCGAGGAGCGCAUCCAGUUCCUGCCCGGCACGGGCAAGCUGGGCUCCGGCAAGAUCAAGUUCAACGGCUGCUUCCACGACAUGCCCUGGGGCCUGCAGACGCACAUCUACGCGCCCAUGAACAUUGACCUGCGCAACACGUACCGCAUCUGCGGCAACCAGCCCGGCGUCGAGCCGCCCGAGCAUCGCGAGAUUGGCCUCGAGGCCCUCGGCGCCCCCUCCGACGGCCUGUACCUGCGCGAGGACAUCGAGGUCAAGGCCAACAUCACCAUGGUCAGCUUCGUCAAGGCGCAGCUCAAGGCCGCCAACCGGGAGAUGGUCCAGCGCAUCAUCAAAAAGGCCGAGCUGCUCGACGCCGGCGUGCUCAAGGCCAUGAUGGAGGACGGCAAGCUCAAGACGGUCAACCCCAACGACCGCUCCACCACACCCGCCGUCGCGGCGGGAAUUUCUCCUCAUAGCAGACAGCCUUCCGUCAACUAUGGGGUGCAAGGACAGAAGAGCGCCGCCGCCCAGAUGCCGCCCAGCUACUCCCCAGCUUAUCCUCACUACGCAUAUCCCUCUCCUCAGCAGCCGCAAACCCCGCAGCUGUACGACCCUCGUCAGUCAAUGUACUCCUCCACGCCACAGCAGGGGCUAUAUGCGCCACCGCCGAUUCCUCCCAAGGAGCAGAUGGUCAUCAUGGAACUGCCGGGCGAUUACCCGGCCCAGUUUGCUCAGCCGGCGCAAGGUCAGGGCCAAGUUCAAGGUCAAGGUCAAGGUCUCUAUGGUUCACCACUUCCUAGCCCGGGAUAUCGCCCGCCCUCGGCUUCUUCAUCCGAUCCCCGGUGGUCUCAAGGCCAGCCAAGCCCGUCCCUCGUCAACCCGCUUCGGCUGAGUUCUGGCUCUACAAGCAGCGCCGGCCAACACCACGGCUUUGUGAAUGAGCUUUCAGCACACCCAGAAAAGUCAGAGUAUUAG